GACGAGCCUUGGUUAUUUAUGAAUGCAUACAUGCUAAAUGACACAUGCGAUUGGAAGGACUUGAAUCUAAAAUUUAUUUUGGCCUGUUAUCGCGAUUAUGUGUUCAUUGUGAAAGAAGGCGAUAUGAAUGGUAUGGGUUUGUCGAAUACUGUUUAG